GGCGUGCCCCCGGCAGCCAUUUUGGGGAGCGCUGAGGCGAGCGGGCGGUGCGCGGCGCCCCCUGGCGGCUCCCCGCCCGCAGAUCAGCUGCGAGCGGGCGGGCGGCCGGCCGCCAUGAAGUCGGUUUUCGUCACCGUGGGCACCACCAGCUUCGACGACCUGAUCGCGACCGUCUGCUCCCCGGCGGCCCUGCAGGUGCUGCAGAGCCGCGGCUACCAGAAGCUGGUGCUGCAGGUCGGGCGGGGCGAGCUGAAGCCGGCGCCGCGCAGUAGCCAGGCCGUGGCGGUGGAAGCCUUCCGCUUCAAGGACUCGCUGGCCGAGGACCUGAGGAGGGCGGACCUGGUCAUCAGCCACGCAGGUAGAGCCCCGUUUGAUUGCCCAGCUUGUUCUCCUGGGGACAGGAGUGGAGGUGCAGGUAGCUGUCUGGAGACUCUAGAAAAAGGAAAACCACUAGUAGUAGUAAUAAAUGAAAAGCUGAUGAACAACCAUCAGCUUGAACUGGCAAAACAGCUCCACAGGGAUGGGCACGUCCUCUGCUGUAAUUGCAGCACUCUCGUGGAGACACUGCAGUUGAUGGACUUGUCAACUUUGAAACCUUUCCCUCCUGGACAGCCGGAAAAGUUUGCUUUGUUCUUGGAUAAAGUUGUUGGGCGGCACCUCACUGCGGGCGCACCGCUCGCGACCACCUUUUGGGGCAGGCGGCAGGCAAAGGUAACUGGGCCCAGCUCCCCCGGGCUAGGGCCGAGUCGGGGGCGGGCUCCGCGCUCGGCAGGGCCCGGCGGCGGCGGGCCGGGGGAUGCCGGCGGUCGCGGCGGGCCAUGGCGGGCCGGGCCGCGCAGGUGGGUGCGGAGGGCGCGGCCCCUCAUUAGCAGCAGCCGCGUGCCCUGCCGCCGCGCGCCCUGCCGCCACGCGCAGCCUCCCCCGCAGAGUCCCCGCUCCUGCCCGCGCCGCCCCAGCCCUCGCCGCCCGGGCAAGAUGCAGAAGGGCUGGAAGAAGUACUUCGGGCAGAAGUCCUUCAGCGAGGUGGCUAUGGACGAGUACCUCGGUAGCCUGGGGCUGUACCGCAAGAUGACGGCUAAGGACGCCUCCUGUCUCUUCCGAGCCGUCUCGGAGCAGCUGUUUUCAUCUCAAAUUCAUCACGUGGAAGUUAGGAAAGCUUGUGUCUUGUUUAUGAGGCAACACCAGGAUAAGUUUGAAUCUUAUGUGGAAGGAUCAUUUGAGAAAUACCUUGAACGACUAGGAGAUCCAAAGGAAAGUGCUGGCCAGCUGGAAAUGAGUGCUUUAUCAGUGAUGUACAAGCGAGACUUUAUUCUGUAUCGGUACCCUGGAAAGCCACCCACUUAUGCUACAGACAAUGGCUUUGAAGACAAGAUUUUACUGUGUUGUUCUGGCAACGGCCAUUAUGACUCUGUGUAUACUAAACAAUUCCAGGAAAAUGCUGCUAUUUGCCAGGCUGUAUUAUAUGAGAUCCUGUACAAAGAUGUUUUUGGCAUGGAUGAGGAAGAAUUAAGGUCUGCAGUUGAGGUGUUUCGAAGUGGAUCCAAGAAGAACAGAAACAGUGGCUCUGCAGGAAGUGAGGAUGCAAACUUUGAUUGUCUUCAUGAAAAAGUAUCCAGAAAUCCAUCGGAAAAGAGAGUGGACGUCUGGGAAGGCAACGAUACUGACAAUCCACAGGAAGAUAAGUUCAAACAGAGCAUUGAAGAAGAAAAGCCUCCAGAAAAUCCAUCAAAGAUGCCUGUUCCUUAUAAAGUGCUUAAGGCACUGGACCCCGAGAUCUAUCGAAAUGUGGAGUUUGAUGUUUGGCUGGACAGCAGAAAAGAGCUUCAAAAAACUGACUACAUGGUGUUUGCUGGGAGACAGUACUAUUUAGGAGACAAGUGUCAGUCUACCUUUAAACAUUGGGUAGUGUGAAGAAAAAGCUGCUUGGAAAUUCAUUGUGAACCAGUCACGUACAUUCUGAUUGUGGAAGUUCCAGACCAGACUGAGAGCUCAAAAUGCACCGGGUGUGCGUUUGAGGUGCGUCUGGAGCCUGGAGGUAAGUAUUACAAUGCUCAUAUCCAGGAAGUCGGACAGGAUGGCAACACGUUGACUGUUUUCGUUGAGGAGCUGGCAGAAAAGCAUACAGUUCCUUUGGUAAACUUAAAACCAGUGACACAAGUGGCACCUGUCCUUGCUUGGAAUAUGGUUCCUAGCCGAAAAGGAGGAACCUAUCAGAAAAUAACAGGUGGAUACUUCUCAGGAAUAGAAAUGGAUAUGAAAACACGGAAGAGAAUGCUUAAGAAAGUUCGUGGAAAGGAAGUCUUUAUGACUGUGGCUUAUAGCAGGGGCCAGCCAGUUCUUCCACCCCGGCUACAGCACAGUUCGGGGCGCUCUCCUCCAGUUCACUGCUCACAGGGUGGUGGAAACAUGGCAUCUUACGAACACUAUCAUCCUCAGAAUCCUCCUCAGAGACAUAACCGUGGAUUUGGAAUGACAAGGGGAUCUGCCCGAUUUAUAAACAGGCACAACAUGGUUGGCCCUCAAAUAGCAUUCUACCCCAGUCCAGGAAAGAGAUGCUAUCAGAGCUGUGACAAUUUCUCCUGCAGGUCCUGCUCAUACAGCCGUAGCCGCCGUCAGAUGCAGCGUGUAAAUAAGGAAUGUCAGUAUGGGUUUGUACCGGGGAAUGGAGAGGAGCCUCAAGGGCCAGAAGAAACUAUAACUUUCUAUGAAAUUGAAGGAGAGGAGGACACUGCUUUUCCCAGUUUACCAAGCCAGGGUAGCCCUGCUCCCAUUGUCCAUGGUCCAGCAGGAUUUUGGGUAACAAGGAGAGGCCCAAACUCUGUUCCACCUAACAAGCAGGCACUGAAUUCCUCAGAAGAGGAAGAAGAAACAAGUGAAAGUGGGAAAUUUCAUGAAGAAUAUAUCUAUGCACCUCCAGAUCCUGACUGUGAGACUGCAACAGUAUUUAGUUCAGCAGAACCUACAGCAAACUUGGAAGAAGGGGCAGUCUCUGUGUCACCUCAAGAUGGAGUGGCUUCCUACAGCUAUCCCCAGAAGGUGUUGGUGAAUGCUGCAGCAGUCUCAACCUCAACAGGUGUUUAUGCUGCUCCAGCUUCAGGCUUCUCCUCAAAUUCUGCUGCCUCCACUCCAGCCAGUGUCACAACAGCAGUUCCCCCACAAUCAGCAGUUCAGCCAGUCAUAGUAUCUCCCCUUUCUAUAGGGAGGCCAGCUGUUUCUUCAGUGCCAUUCCCAAUUUACUCAGCUCCUCUUCCUCCAGUCAGUGAGGUGGGAGAAGCUGGUGCCGUUCUUCCACCUUACUCUUGUGAUCCCAGUGGCAGUGAUCUGCCUCGAGAUACAAAGGUCUUGCGGUAUUAUUUUAAUCUGGGAUUGCAAUAUUGUCAUCAGAGCUAUUGGCCUUCCAUGAUGUAUGUACAGCCAGUGCUGCCACCAUCACCUGUGGAAGUUUAUCCAGCAUAUGCUGAGCCAGCUCCUGUCCUAGAUCAGUCAGUACCUCAGCUCUACACUGAUGCUGGGCGAACUGAAGUCCACCAGGUUCCCUUGGAAGCACCUGCAAAUGGUAACUUUCAAAAUUCAGAGCCUCCACCCCUGUCCUACGGGCCAGUAUAUUACCCAGUCGUGUCGGACCCCUUCAGCCAGCAGUCUCUUCCUGGGUUUGAUUCUUUAGUACCUGCGUAUCGCUAUGUUGGUACCUGGCAUCCUGUAAAUCCACCAUAUGGAAACUCUCCACAAAUUGCUAAUGCUGUAAGUUCUGGACCACUGCACCAAGUCAGCUAUAUUGCCUCACCUAACCCUGCACCUCAUGAUGUGCCUCAAGGAAUGUAAAUCUGGGAGCUAUAAACUCACUGUUUGCCCUUGUUUUCUCUUGUUUCUUGUUUGUCAACUAUAUGUUAAUACUGGUUUGUGAAUGUGUCUUAGUGUGCUGGGUCAGUUGAUUAAACUGCAUUCCAAUUUCCCGUUUCUCUUUAGGUUUAUGCUAGUGAUAGUUGACUUGACAAGAUGUUGUUUUAGUUGAUGUAGGAAACUGUCGGAAAAGAAUAUACACAAACUAUAGUGCAGGGAACACAAAGCUUGAAUUGGACUACAUAAAGUAUGUGUAAAAACAUAUGCUAUCACUAAAGGAAUGUAGCGUCAUGUACCUCUGUGAGGAGUUGCACUGGAACACUUAGACACACCUGGUUCUUUUUUAAGCACUGAAAUAGGCUGCAUUACAAUGACAGAUAAAAAUUGGGCACAGGGUCAUUAGAGGAUGAAAAUGUUUGAAAUAGAUUGGCUUUCUCAGAUUUCACAAAACAAAGCUACUUUGCCAGUAGUGGUCACAUAAUUGUAAUAGCUGUAUUCCUCCUGAUUAAUUUCAUUCUGCUUAGGUUUCGUAUCUCUUUGAAAGCGUAAGAAUACUGUUUUGAUCUGUUGUAUAUUGCGGUUUGUCUGUAAGAUUUGUUUUGUGAAAGCUGUUGCACAAAUGGUGGUAGUCUUGGUGUUUGGUUUGCACUGAUAGCACAUAA